CAAACGGUACCAAUCGGAAAAGGCGAAAGAAUCAGGAGCCUUAUCUGGGAAGGCGAAAGAAUCGGUUUACACAAGAAGAGAUGGCCCAAUUUUUUAACCUUCUUCAAGGAACUCUCUCCCCAAGCAAUUCCAGCUUCUACAAUUGCCUCAACAAUGCAAUGAUGUUUCUCCAACAUAAAUCGUGUUCGUAUAACAGAAAGCGUGAUAAGCUUCAAAAAUAUCAAGGCAUUCAAUCUUUUCUGCAAGGUAGUUGGAAGGUGAUAGAUCAUGUUGAGAAAUGCUCACUUCAAGCCCAAGGUAAGGCCUAUGUUCAUGAUGCAGGAGAAUUAGAUGCAUUUCCACAUAUACAAACUCUUAAAGGAUUUCCCAAGGAGGAGCUUUUUGCAAAAGUGGUGAUGGUUCGAUUUGAUUCUGCAAUCCUACUCCAGAAAGAACUGGACCUGAAGAGCCAAGUCACCAGUGCAGUUUCUACCAUCAAGUAUUUAUUUGAAGCUGGGGCCAAAAUAAUUCUACUGAGUGAUUGGAACAUGAAAAUUAAUUCAAAACUUCUUGUGGUGGAAUCUGUUGCAGAUUUUCUGUCAUCAGUACUCCAACUCAAAGUUGCUCCAUCAAGAUGCAUUUCCAAUUGUAGUCUGUCUAAGAUGGAAGAGCUUGAGAAAGCAGACAUUCUUCUUCUUGAGAAUCUUUCUGAGUUCAAAGGGGAACUUGCUAAUUGUUCAAAGUUUGCUGAACAAUUAUCUUCAGUAGUUGAUAUCUUUGUCAAUGAUUCCUUUUCCAAUUCUCAUAAAAUUCUUGCAUCAACUGUUGGUGUUCCUCGCUUUUGCUCUGCCUGUGUGGCUGGGUUUCACUUUGAGGAGAGCCUAUGUCAACUAAAGAUGGCUGCCCAAAUCAAUAAGAAACCAUGUAUUGCAAUUAUUGGAGGGGGUAAUCUUUUUGAUAAAGCAAGUGCAGUUAGAUACUUGGCUUCUAGAUGUGACGGGUUGGUGUUUGUUGGGAUGAUGGCAUUCCAAAUAAUGCAUGCCUUAGGACUGCAUGUUCCCUUGAAUUUGUUGGAAGGUGGACCACUGAAAGAAGCUUCAAAUAUAGUUCAGCUUGCGCAAAACAGAAAGAUACCAAUUCUAUAUCCAAAAGACUUCUGGUGCAUGACUAAUGAUUUUCCAAAGCAAAUGGAAAUAUUUCCUGCCUAUGGUAUUCUUGAUGGUUGGAUACCUGUUGAUCCUGGACCCAAAGCAUUGGAUGAAAUAAAUUCUUUGCUUACAGGUUGCAAGAAAAUUAUCUGGAUUGGUCCAGUAAAAUUCAGGUUGCCAAGUCAGGAUAUAUAUGGAGCAUCUAAGUUGGUGUCAAUGCUUGAUAGACUAACUCAAAGCAACUGCGAAAUAACUGUUAUUGGGAAUAUGGCUUGCAAAGCAGUUAUGAAGGAAUCAAGUUUUGUCUCAGUUUAUAAUAUGGUUGAGAAUGCUUCAGUGGUGUGGGAAUUUCUCAAAGGAAGAAAACUUCCUGGUUUAAUGGCCUUAGAUAGAGCAUACCCAGUUGAGAUUGAUUGGAAUGCAGCCUAUAGUCAUCCAUCCCAACCCUUGGUAGUUGACAUUGGCAGUGGAAAUGGAUUGUUUCUUCUAGCCAUGGCUAAAAGGAGGGAGGACUUGAAUUUUCUUGGGUUAGAGAUUAAUGAAAAGCUUGUAAGACGUUGUCUAGACUGUGUUCAUCAAUAUGGCAUAAUGAAUGGAUACUUCAUUGCAACAAAUGCUACAUCAACAUUCAGAUCAAUAGUUUCCAGUUACCCUGGAGACUUGGUUCUUGUUUCAAUACAGGUUGUGACAAUAAGCUACAAGUGGUCACAUUUCAACUAUAAGUUUCAAGUUUUGGGCUGCACACCAAGCCAAAGCGGUCAAACUUGUGGUUCAGAAGCAGCCAUGGAGAUGGUUCCUUACCAUGGGAGUCUCCCUGUGUCAUCAGUAUUCUCACCAAUUAUGUCAGUGUGUCCAAACCCUGAUUUCAACAAACCAGAACAUAGAUGGAGAAUGCUGCAAAGAUCAUUAGUUGAAGCAGUAGCUGAUCUGCUUGCAUCUGAUGGAAAGGUCUUUCUGCAAUCAGACAUAGAAGCAGUGGCAGUGAGAAUGAAAGAACAUUUUCUGAAAUAUGGCAAGGGCAAACUCUCUGUUGUGCACAAUGAAGACUGUACUGAGACUGACAGAAAAGGAUGGCUUAAGGAGAACCCUUUCGGUGUUCGGUCAGAUUGGGAACAGCACGUUGUAGAUCGUGGUGCCCCUAUGUACAGAUUAAUGCUUUCUAAAUCUACUAGGCCUAAUUAAGUAAUUGCAGCAGGCUGAUGAUGCACUAAAACUGGCUAUUGUCAGCCAUGGUACUAACCCUGAAAACAUUAUAAUUCUCAAAGAAUAGUUGGCAGCCGUUCAAUUUUGGUAGGCUCAAAUGCAUUUCCCCUUCUGACAGUUACUUGCACCAAUAGUCUUCCUGUGAGAUGCUGGACUUUUGUAUUGUUGUUGUCCAAAAAAAGAGUAUCACUAUUUGUACC